CGAGAAGCGUUGUUGGCGCGCUUGGCGGCGGCCGCCGUCUGGGUAAGAUGUUAGAGCAAGAAGAAAAUGGCCUGUUUGAAAUACCAGAUUAUGAACAUGUACAGGAUGAAACUUUUCCUCCCUUCCCUCCUCCGGCCUCUCCAGAGAGAGAUCCUGCAGAAGGUGAACCUGAUGAAGGGAGUGGAGCACCUGUUCCUGUCCCGCCAAAGAGAACAGUGAGAAGGAAUCUACCUAAGCUAGAUGCUACGAGAUUGACUUCAGAGAGAGGUCUUCCAGCCUUAAGGCAUGUGUUUGAUAAGACGAAAUUCAAAGGGAAAGGUCAUGAGGCUGAAGACUUGAAAACGCUAAUCAGACACAUGGAGCACUGGGCACACAGGCUAUUCCCCAAACUGCAAUUUGAAGAUUUUAUUGACAGAGUUGAAAACCUAGGAAAUAAAAAGGAGGUUCAGACCUGUUUAAAACGAAUUCGACUUGAUCUGCCUAUUGUACAUGAAGAUUUUGUUAACAAUAAUGAUGACGCUGAGGAAACUAAUAACCUCGAUGUAACGGCUCCUGGAUUUGACCCCUUUCUGACAAGUUCAUCUGACAGCAAGACGUUGGCUUCUGAAUCAAAUAGAAGCCUAACAGAAGAGCAGCAACAGAGAAUUGAGAGAAACAAACUGCUGGCCUUGGAAAGAAGGCAGGCAAAGCUACUGAGUAAUAGCCAGUCCCUAGAAAAUGACGUGACAGUUGAGGAGAGCGCUACUGGCGAGGAUGAGGAAGGGCCACGUGGAUUAAACAGAGACACUGCUGAUGGCCCACGGGAUACUCCUUCUGCCAGUGCACAUGCAGAGGAGACACAGCUGGACCCUCCUAACUGAGACUGAUCUAGAACAGUACAGUCGUCAACCCUCUACAACAGAAUCCUACAAGACUUCUGUGGAUUCCUGCUUAAAAUGCAGCGACUCUUUAAAUUGUUUCUUACUUAUUUUAGUAAGCCUAUUUAUUAUUUUUGGUGACCUGUAUAAGUCUGACUUUAUAAGCUGUUUUGUAGUUUGCAUUGAAUUCUUACUGAAUUGGGUAAUGAUUUAAAAUGUAAAUAUGCACCGACUGUUAGGUCAGUUUUUAUAAAGAAAUAAAUUAUUUUGU